AUGGGAACCCAAGCAACAGAAACUCAAGCAAUGGGAACUCAAGCAACAGGAACUCAAUCAACAGGGACUCAAUCAACAGAAACUCGAGCAAUGCGAACUCAUGCAAAAGACAAUCAAGCAACAGAAACUCAGGCAAUGUUAACUCAAGCAAUGUUAACUCAAGGAAUGGGAAAUCGAGCAACAGAAACUCAAGCAACAGAAGCUCAAGUAACGGGAAUUCAAGCAAUGGGAACUCAAUCAACAGGGACUCAAGCAACAGAAACUCGAGCAAUGGGAACUCAAGCAACAGGAACUCAAGGAGCAGAAGCUCAAGUAACGGGAAUUCAAGCAAUGGGAACUCAAUCAACAGGGACUCAAGCAACAGAAACUCGAGCAAUGGGAACUCAAGCAACAGGAACUCAAGCAGCAGAAGCUCAAGUAACGGGAAUUCAAGCAAUGGGAACUCAAUCAACAGGGACCCAAGCAACAGAAAUUCGAGCAAUGGGAACUCAAGCAACAGGAACUCAAGCAGCAGAAGCUCAAGUAACGGGAAUUCAAGCAUUGGGAACUCAAUCAACAGGGACUCAAGCAACAGAAACUCGAGCAAUGGGAACUCAAGCAACAGGAACUCAAGCAGCAGAAGCUCAAGUAACGGGAAUUCAAGCAAUGGGAACUCAAUCAACAGGGACUCAAGCAACAGAAACUCGAGCAAUGGGAACUCAAGCAACAGAAACUCAAGCAGCAGAAGCUCAAGUAACGGGAAUUCAAGCAAUGGGAACUCAAUCAACAGGGACUCAAGCAACAAAAACUCGAGCAAUGGGAACUCAAGCAACAGAAACUCAAGCAACAGAAGCUCAAGUAACGGGAAUUCAAGCAAUGGGAACUCAAUCAACAGGGACUCAAGCAACAGAAACUCGAUCAAUGGGAACUCAAGCAACAGACACUCAAGCAACAGAAAUUCAGGCAAUGUUAAAUCAAGCAAUGUUAACUCAAGCAAUGGGAACUCGAGCAACAGAAACUCAAGCAACAGAAGCUCAAGUAACGGGAAUUCAAGCAAUGGGAACUCAAUCAACAGGGACUCAAGCAACAGAAACUCGAGCAAUGGAAACUCAAGCAACAGACACUCAAGCAACAGAAACUCAGGCAAUGUUAACUCAAGCAAUGUUAUCUCAAGCAAUGGGAACUCGAGCAACAGAAACUCAAGCAACAGAGGUUCAAGUAACGGGAAUUCAAGCAAUGGGAACUCAAUCAACAGGGAAUCAUGCAACAGAAACUCGAGCAAUGGGAACUCAAGCAACAGAAACACAAGCAGCAGAAGCUCAAGUAAUGGGAAUUCAAGCAAUGGGAACUCAAUCAACAGGGACUCAAGCAACAGAAACUCAGGCAAUGGGAACUCAAGCAACAGAAACUCAAGCAGCAGAAGCUCAAGUAACGGGAAUUCAAGCAAUGGGAACUCAAUCAACAGGGACUCAAGCAACAGAAACUCGAGCAAUGGGAACUCAAGCAACAGGCACUCAAGAAACAGAAACUCAGGCAAUGUUAACUCAAGCAAUGUUAACUCAAGCAAUGGGAACUCGAGCAACAGAAACUCAAGCAACAGAAGCUCAAGUAACGGGAAUUCAAGCAAUGUGA